ACACACUAUCCUUCCAAAGUUCUUUGAGCGUCAGCGCUCAAACUCAGCAUGUAUCUGAUGGAUGCCUUGCAUUUGUAAACACAUUGUCUGGUGCCGCAGUGCGAAAUUUCCAAGCCCUUGGAAGCUGGCUUUGUUCCAUUCCCUUGACUAUGAUAUCGGCAGCAAGACAAAUAAUCAGGCGGCUCAUCAUGUUAUUCCCUUUUGUGAAUCAUGAGACAACGUUACCGAUGGCCUAGUGCGAACGAACAUGGUCAUCUGCACCUUUCUCUUCCAACUUGCUGACUAAGAAUUCUACAAGCUGUUGAUUCGUUCACAUGCCAGAACUCACCUAAACGUUAAUCAAGUUUUCUAAACUUUACAUCACGUCUCCGAUGAACACCGACAACGACGUUCUGUCCCAUCAUGUCAUUACUCAACUCGGUACUCGGCUCGCUUUCUCCUCCCCCCAGAUUUCGCAAGUCUUUCGAAGAUCCUCACGCACGCGACCAUGAGCUGUCACGAUACAACUCUCCGCCAUCGCCUCACGUACCGCCGCCAGUUACCUCGUCAGUACUAUGGAGUGUACCUAAAACGAGCAUAUCGCCGUCUCCUCGCGUUCCCGACGAUCUACUGGCCUUGCAACGGCGGGCUCGACAUCUCGAGAAACAGCUGCAAGAGCUACUCGACGCGCAGGCAGAUGGUCUGGUGACUGGUCUGGGAGGGAACGACACAAUACCCGACGAUUUGGCCUCAAACGGAAGCACCACACCGACGGCCAGUAGUGGUCGAUCCACAGAUAGGAACGCAGAGAGUGGAAGCAAUGCGAACUUGCCCAGAAAGAAGAAAGUAGGUUUGAACGCUGCGAGACUAGGCAUAUACAAACGCGUGCGACAACUGGCCAGUGUUAAAGCUGAGGAGUUGGACAUGCUUGAUGAGGAUUUGAGAAGCUUGCAAAUAACGGUGGAGAAGACAGAAUCUUGGAGCCAGAAGCGUUCGCGUCUAGAGACGACGAUCAAAGACAUUGAAAGCGAAGACGCUGGCGCAAAAACAGAUACUCUUCAGACUGAAGCAUCAAAGCUGGAACAAGAGAUAAGGCAGAAGGAAGAGGAACUAUGGGCACUAAAGAAGCGGCAUCGAAGAGUUCUGGACGAGCUUUCAGACACUCAGAAUUCGGUCGAGGCGAAGUUAUCCUCUUAUAAAACGUCACUCUCGAUAUUGGACAAGGAGAUUUCAAGUUUCCUCGCACGCCCUCCAAACACGAACCGCACAUUACUUUCCUCGUCGCCGUUCCCUGCUCUACCUGCUAAACGACGAACGCUUGAAAUGGCACGUGAGUACUGGCAAGAUGAGUAUGCAAGACUGGCCGAGAGGUGCGAAGAAGUGGAUGUUGAUCGUGCUGCACUCGACGAAGGUGCGGUGAUGUGGAACGAUGUGGUGAUGAAAGUGGCAGACUACGAAAUGAGCCUUCAAAGUUACAUGCAACACGCGGGACGAAGCAGUUCCCCGAGUUCUUCACAACUGCUAGACCAGAUGGACAAUACUAUAGCAUUUCUUGACGAGAGGUUAGAUUUCGCGACCUCCAGAAACUGGAAUUUACUUGUCUGUGCUAUUGGGGCGGAGCUGGAAGCCUUCAAACAAGGUAAGGAACUUCUAGAAGAGGCACUCGGAACGAAGCGCAAAGGCAAAGAAAAGGUCGCACGUACGCUAUUGGACGACGAGGACUUCAACAACGAGGUUAAGGAGGACAUGUCGAUUUCAGCCAUCAGGAUAGGCCGUUCGUCACCAAAGCCUGUCCAGCCUCGACAUAGUUCCUCAGAUGACGACGACCCAGAUCCCGAGCUUAUGAUCUCACACCACGAUACGGAUACUGACUGAGCUCUUGUCGCCUCGUUGUGAACGCGGGAUACCUGCGGAUCACGAUAUGGGAAGAAUUACUCAACUUACAUCUCCAUCAAACAUAACAUUGAAUACAAUAACGACAUAUAUGCCAAUUAUUCGUCC